AAGAAAAAUUACCAGUAUUCAGAAAAGGAUCAAAAUUCAUCCAGCAUAAUUAAGUUUUUAAAUACCACUGUGUCCAAGUUCUCUAAGAAAGGUUCUUCUCAGAUAGCGAAUCACCUAGAACUGUAUGAAUCCACUAUGGAUUCUUUAAAAUUAUACUCUGAUGCUGACAGAAUCAGAUUCCUUCCAUGGGCAUUUGAUGAUAAAUAUCGUCAUUACUUUACCUCUUUUAGGGAGAGAGGAAUUCAAGAUUGGCCAAGUGUUUUGCAUGAAGUUAAACUGGAAUUCGGACCUUACCGAACCAUUACUGCUGCAAAACGGGACAUAUAUAAGCUUACAUGUAGGCCCAAUCAAAGUCCCCGUGAAUUCCUCUCUAUCCUUAAAAAUGCCUAUGGGUUAGCAUAUAGAUCCCCAAACUGGGAAUCUGAAGAGUUUAAGCAGCUGUUCUAUGAUGCUAUGCCAACCCAGAUCAAACUUAGCCUAGCCAGAGAUCUGGAUAUUGAAGCUCCCUUGGAUAGGUUGGUGACGGCUGCCACCACGCUGUAUAAUAUCAGUGAAUACCAUGAAACAGGUGAGAGAAGAUUUAAAAAAUCCCCAGAGCAAAAUAUAGCUGAAGCUAAGGUAAACCCUAGCUUGGGAUUUGAAACACAGCCACGUAAGUAUUCUCAGUCUACAGGUCCUGUCCAACAAACCCAGCAACAACAGGUAAGACCCAAGCAAACCAAGCCCCAAAAUCCCAACGGGUCAGAGGGGGAUAAUUCUGGUGCUGGGAGGUCUAACUACCGUCCAUAUUACAAUAAUGGUCCCCAAUAUAGGUCCUAUUACAAUAGGGAUUCCCAGGGUUACAGACGCUGGAAUAACAGGCCCAGACAACAGAGGGAAGAUAGGCAGGAACCCUUAAACUCACCUAGGAGUAGGUCACCCACCAAUAAUCAGGGCGCCUCACAAAACCAAAAUAUGCGCAAACCAAACAGUUCUAAGGAAAUUAAGAUUGAAUUCAACAACUAUGAUUUUGAUAAAACUGGCAUGGCCCAAGAGGUGUUGGUUCCAAAUUCGGAAGGACAUGUAUAUUGGUGA